AGCAAGGAAGAUAUUUGGGUUCUCUGUAUCUCUUAUUCUCAUCAAUAUGGCCUCUAUAAUGGAGCGUGCUGAUGAGAAUCUCCUUCCAGCUGUUUACAAAGAAGUCAGCGAGGCCUUCAAUGCUGGACCUACUGAUCUUGGAUACCUUACAUUCAUACGAAACUUUGUGCAGGCAUUAUCAUCUCCAUUGGCAGGUGUACUAGCACUAUACUAUGACCGUCCUGCAGUUCUUGCAAUGGGCACUGUUUUCUGGGCCUUAUCAACAGCUGCAGUUGGUGCUAGUCAGCAUUUUGGGCAGGUUGCAAUCUGGAGAGCAGUGAAUGGUUUUGGGCUGGCUAUAGUGAUCCCGGCACUGCAAUCUUUCAUUGCUGAUAGUUAUAUGGAUGGUCUGCGUGGUACUGGAUUUGGAUUAUUGAGCCUUGUUGGUUCUAUAGGGGGCAUAGGAGGUGGUGUUUUGGCAACAGUCAUGGCUGGGCAAGAAUUUUGGGGAUUGCCAGGAUGGCGUUGUGCCUUUGUCAUGAUGGCAUCAUUGAGUUUGCUGAUUGGCUUUCUUGUUUACAUGUUUGUUAUUGACCCUAGAAGAACCACUCUGAUCGCUCAUGGAGCUGAUGAGGACUCUGAAAGGAGCUCUCUGGUCGGUAAAGUUAGUGUACCUCCACCAUCUAUCUGGGGUGAUUCCUGGUUAGCAAUGAUAUCAGUAAUGAAAGUGCAAACAUUUCAGAUCAUUGUGUUGCAGGGCAUUGUCGGUUCACUGCCAUGGACAUCCAUGGUUUUCUUCACAAUGUGGUUUGAACUGAUGGGCUUUGACCAUAAUAGCUCAGCUGCCUUGAACAGUUUUUUUGCCAUCGGAUGUGCUAUGGGAUCCCUCACUGGUGGAUUAAUAGCAGACCGGGUAUCAAAGUUCUACCCAGAGACAGGCCGUGUCAUGUGUGCUCAGUUCAGUGCCUUCAUGGGCAUUCCCUUCUCAUGGAUUGUGCUCACAGUCAUCCCUCAGUCUGUAAACAGUUGGAAUGCCUUUGCCGUCGCCUUGUUCCUCAUGGGUCUCACCAUCAGCUGGUGUGCUACCUGUGCUAAUAACCCAAUGUUUGCUGAGGUUGUCCCUUUGAAGCAUCGUACCAUGAUAUAUGCCUUCGAUCGUGCAUUUGAAGGUUCAUUCUCUUCAUUCGCAGCACCUGCUGUCGGAUAUCUUACCGAGAAGAUUUAUGGUUAUGAUUCGAAGUCUCUGAGUUUAGCAAAUGGAUCUGCUCAAGGGGCAUAUGCACUCUCUAGGGGACUACUAACAAUGACAGUCAUUCCUUUUGGUUUAUGUUGUUUGUUUUAUAGCCCACUUUACAUCAUAUUUAAGCGUGACCGUGACAAUGCUAGGAUGGCUAGUGCAAAAGAGCUGGUGCUGACGUGAGGACUUCAUCUGCAGUUAUAAGCAGCAGCGGUUCCAUUCCUACAGAAACGAUCAGACAGUUGCAUCAUGUACAUUAGUUGGGUUUGUCAUAUGAGAUUGAGGACCUCUGAGCUAAUGAUUACCACUGUAGGAUAUUCUUGCUAAAUUCAACAUUGAAAGACUGCGCUUUUUUUUUUGCUCUGAUUACACUGUAAUAAGAUUGCAAAAAUCAAACACAGAUAAUGUACAGAUUCUUGUGCUCCAAUCCUAGUAUUCUUAUCCUCUGCAGGUUUAUCCA